UUUCCUCAGCGAUUACCCAGCUGAGGAGGCCUUUCAUCGCGUGGAGCCAGGCGGGAUCUGGAAGAACCAAGGGCCCAGCCGGGUGGAUCCUGAGAUGCUGCCCACCGCGACGGCCAGGACCAUCCCCGACGAGUCCUUGGAGGAGAAGGAGCCGAAACUCUUCUACCGCCCCCGGCCUCUUGACCUGAAACAGCCUCAGCAGCACAUGGUAGCUCCAGCGCCCACAAGCCCAUCUCGGCCCAGAAGCCCCUGGGGCAGGCUUGACCCCUAUGAGCCCGAUGAGGAUGAUAAAGAGUAUGUAGGCUUUGCAACUCUUCCCAAUCAAGUACAUCGGAAGUCUGUGAAGAAAGGAUUUGAUUUCACCCUCAUGGUUGCAGAACGGAUUGUGCAGACGGUGGAGAUCACCAAGCACAUAGUGGACAUUGAGGAGAAGGGUGUCAAACUCCGCUUAACCAUCGUGGACACGCCGGGCUUCGGGGAUGCCCUCAACAAUACUGAGUGUUGGAAGCCUGUGGCCGACUACAUAGACCAGCAGUUUGAGCAAUAUUUCCGGGAUGAAAGCGGCCUCAAUCGUAAGAACAUCCAGGACAAUCGCGUCCAUUGCUGCCUCUACUUCAUUUCUCCCUUUGGCCAUGGGUUGAGGCCUUUGGAUGUUGAGUUCAUGAAGGCUGUCCACCAGAGUGUCAACAUCGUUCCCGUUUUGGCCAAAGCUGACACCCUCAUGCCCUCCGAGGUGGAGCAGAUGAAAACCAAGAUCCGCGAUGAAAUCGUUCAGUUUGGGAUCCGCAUCUAUCAGUUCCCUGAAUGUGAUUCGGACGAAGAUGAGGAUUUCAAAUUGCAGGAUCGAGCUCUCAAGGAGAGCAUCCCUUUUGCAGUGAUUGGCAGCAACACCGUGGUGGAGACGAAAGGCCGGAGGACCCGAGGGAGGCUGUACCCUUGGGGCAUCGUAGAAGUGGAGAACCCUACCCACUGUGACUUUGUCAAGCUGCGCACCAUGCUAGUGAGGACCCACAUGCAGGACCUCAAGGAUGUGACGCGGGAGACCCACUACGAGAACUACCGGGCGCAGUGCAUCCAGAGCAUGACCCGCAUGGUGGUGAAAGAGCGGAACCGCAACAAGCUUACAAGAGAAAGUGGGACAGAUUUCCCCAUCCCGGCCAUUUCCCCAGCGGCAGACUCGGAGACGAACAAGCUGAUUCGCGAGAAGGAUGAUGAGUUACGCCAGAUGCAGGACGCGCUGCAAAAAUUCCAGCAGGAGAUGGAAGACACCCAUUAGCCACCCUCCUCUCUGCACAAGCCGUGCACACCCUCCGUUGGUCCGUGCCCCCCGCAGAGACACCAAACAUUUACAUCUCAGCCAACCCACCCACCUUCCAGCGCUUGGUCCUCGCAACGCACCUUCCACCUUAAGCUAAUGAUCCUUCACUGCAACGAUCGCCUUACAACUAAGCCUCACCAUACUUACCUGCUGGUUUCCUAAGGAAUGAGGAACUCAUGAAGGUGCCAGAGGUUCUGCCUGCAGCUCUCCAGCAUGUGAGAUUUGUGCCUCUCGCUCUUCCCUGCCCUGAGUCACCUGAUGGCCAUUGCUGUGAGGAGUUUCUGUCAUGUGCAGGUCAGACCUCUUUCUGGCUGCAGAGGGGCAGGAUUUGGCAGAAGUAGCUUUUCUGUUCCCAGCUGACGGCAGAGCGUGGCCUCCGCUCAUUUGCCCAGCUGAUCCAACCAUGGCAAGUUUAACUUCGUCCACCUUCCACUCUGACUAGGUACAUAUUUUUUGCAUUUAGUGUGGGAAGACUAUAUACAAUCAUAUACAAUCAAACACACCCUAUGUGCUGUCCAAGGCCUGUCAGCUUUAUUGCCGAAACCUUAUUUUAUUUUAUUGAUAUUUAUUAUUUGAUUUAUAUCCCACCCUUCCUCUCAGCAGGAGCCCAGGGCGGCAAACAAAAGCGCUAGAAACUCUUUAAAACAUCAUAAAAACAGACCUUAAAAUACAUUAAAACAAAACGUUAAAAACAUUUAAAAAAAAAAAAAGCUUUAAAAACAUCUAUAAAAAAGGGUUAAAAACAUAUUGUUUUUUUAAAAAAAUAUUAAAAAGCAAUUCCAACACAGACACAGACUGGGAUAGGUCUCAACUUAAAAGGCUUGUUGAAAGAGGAAAGUCUUCAAAAGGCGCCGGAAAGAUAACAGAGAUGGCGCCUGCCUGAUAUUAAAGGGGAGGGAUGUGUGUAUUAGAGAUGAAAUGACAAAUUCAAAAAUGAUCAAAUAGCAAAUGUGAAAGAUCAUGUUUUAGAAACAUUUGACCUUGCAGGAGCUUUUUUUAAAAUAUAUUAAGGCUAUGGGUGUGAGUGAAUGUCUCCACUGAAUUGAAUGGGACUUGUGCACAUUUUGUACCAAAGACCUUACCAAUAGCUUUUCCCGAGGGAUACCGAAUACACUUAUUUUCUGUCCUGUUUUUGUAAAAAGAAAAAGAAAAAUCACUGAAAACCAAACCAAACCCAGAAUUAAAAAGAUUUAAUUCUUGCAAGCCAAUUUGUCUGAAGACAAUUUGCUUGAGGAAGUUCUCCAUCUCUGCCCACCUGCCAUAAGUGCUUUUUCCACACGCUAGGUGCGUGCCCGUUUCCUUGCUUGCGCAAAUGCUCCUGAGCUCUGGCCAAUCAGCAGGUGAACCUCUACUAUGUAGCCUAAUUGUGUCAGAAAUCUUUCAAGAGAUCUGGAAACUUCAGCAACAUUCUUUUUGAAGCUGCUUCUGACGCUGCAUGCUUUGCAGGCCUCCCUCGGGUUGUGCUUUUGAGCCUCCUGAAAACCUCCAUCUCCAUCCGUGCAUGCUAAGCUUAAGAAAGACCAAGUCAGAGGAUAAAGCUGCUUGUAUGUCUCCAGAUAGCAGACUGCUCACAUGCAGAAGGGAUGGGUGACUAAGUGAUGUACUUAGGGGGCAGAGCAGUGCUGCUGGUGCCACCUGCUCCUCUGCACCUCCUUCUCCCUGGCAUUGUCAGAAAGGAGCAUCACAGCCUCAGGAGCCAAGCAAACGUGGCCUGGCCCACUCAAAGUGGAAGGGGGCUCCCUUCUCUCAAGGAGCGGCCCCCAUGGGGAAGAGUUGCUGUCCAAUAAGAUGGGCGAACCUCACUUCAUGCUGAUGACGGAAUAAGUAAUAUCAACAUGCUGCGUCAGAGGCCUCAGAGGAAACCCCAAAGCAGAACAUGAUUGUAAAGACCCCCCUCAUAUUACCAGCAUCUGGUCAUCAGUGGUAGCCUGCCUCUGGCCAUAGAGGCUCCAUUCCUACUUCAUAGCAACAGCUCAUCACUGUUGAGAAAUACCUGCUAGUUGCUAUGGUGGCCUGUCGAGAUUCUUUUAGUCUUAAGCUGCCUGUGCUAGUCGUCGUUGCAACAUCUCGAGUCAUCCAGAUCCAGCCAGGAACUCCAAAGCCUCUGUUGGAGAGCCAGGUGUUGGCUCAUCCCUCUGGAGCACCUAGAGAACCAGCAGGGCAGCUUUUGACCAUCUCCAGAGCAACCGUUGGGAUAGCCACAUUGUGCAGAUAGGAGGAGAGUCCGCAUGUUGGAACCACAAGCCACUUUUGCAUCAAGCCACCAAAAGCAUAGGAUAGAUGUGGUUGCCGACUGACCAGGGAAGAAGCCGUCCUGGUCUGCUGAUGUGCAUUUAACAGCACCUUGAUGUGCACAGACUGGCAGCUGAUGUUUUUCAUGGCAUGGGGAAGGAAUUCUCGCCAUCCCGUGCCUGAAGAUCAACCUAUUGCACAGGAUCGGGCUGGUUAUAAAGUUGGCAAUCCUAGCAUAAGCUUGGCUUUAAAGCACUCCCUAGGUUUAUUAUUGCCUUCCUGUUGUUGUUUCUUUAUCAUUUGAUGUAUUGAUUGUUGUUAAUUAUGGCUUACUAUGGAUUAUUAUUUUAUCCUCAGGGAAUAAGCAGUUACAUUUGCAAAUGCUUUUCUGCACCAAUGCUGUGGCAAAAUGCCUGCUUUCCCCCUAAGUCACUCAUUUUUAGUCUAUUAUUAUUAUUUAUUGUGGUUGGAGAGGCUGGGGGGAUUGUGAAAGCUCUUUUCCAAACAUGUUUGCUUUGAGGCUGGUGGCAGAGCUAUCUCAUGGGGACGUGGCCCUCUGCCAGAGUUCCACCAAUGCUUCUGGGUAAGGCUGCAUCAAAGGUCUGCAGUGUUUUGACAUAUUACUGGCUUAAAACGCAGCCACCCCUGUUCUUUGAAUCCGGGUACACAGGAAGGAACCCAUGAUCCACUGGUCUCUUCUGAAAUGCUGCGUUUGAAUGUGGUAUCGCCAAAAGCAACUUCACUCCAACUUUAAAACUGUUUUGAGUGGCGAAUCCCAGGUGUAUACAGGGGAAAUGUUUCCUGGGGGUGAUGUUUUUUUGGGGGGGUGGAGUUGGAGGAAUAAAUGGUCCACCAAUAGGAUGGGUGGAAGAAUGGGGAAACUGGUUGCAGACAACGGGAAACAACAGGAUUUGCAAAAAUUGCAUUGAAACACAGCGAGAAACAACAGCCUUGUAAUGUGUCCCUACCCAGCAUGGUGUGCUCUCUCUCUCUUUCUCUCUCACUCACUCACACAGAGAGAGAGAGAGGGGGAGAGAGAGAGAGAGAGAGUCAUCGGGGUGACACAAUGUGAUCUGGGGCUGACUUGGGCUUACACCUGGUCACCUCUGGACACAGGUAGGGCUUUCCCCAACCCCAUCCGUCUUGUCAUUACUUUUUGCAUGUAUCCCGCUCAUUUGUGACAAGCUCAGUCCAUGCGCCUUGUCUGGGAUUCUCAGAGGCCUCCCAUCGAAGCACCGACCAGGCCAGGAGGUCUUCUCUGGUUGAUUUUUUUCCCCAUGUCUAAUUUUAAACAUUUUUGGCUGAGGUGGUCCAUGCACAAAGCUGCCUGUUAGGUUUUGAGUUGGGGAUGAUUAUCCAUCGCUGCUUUGGGAGAUGAUUUUGGGGAGGGCAGAGCCUUGCAAAGCAACCAGCAUGCUAAGUGAAGUAAAUUGGGGUGGGGGUAGGGAGUUUCAGCACAGCUCUGGUCCUGUGCCCCUGGAUGGAGAGAUCCAUCCGCAGAAGAGCUCUGGGACCCAGGUUUCUGAGGGGCCCUCAGCAAAAGUGACGCAAGAUGGAAGAGACGGUGGGUAUUUUGAGAUGCAAGGCCGCUGGGCCUUCCUGAGACCACAAAAAGGUGUGUCUCCUUCCUAGGGAUGGAGGACAUACUUGAUUCAGUUCACAUUUAAAGGCUAAUCUAUCAAAUUUGCACUUUCCAAAACAGUACAAGAACCAAAAAAAGCCAUCUUUUGAAAUCUGCACUUAUCUGAAUUUUGUGAUGCAGUUGGCUAACCAAACAAUGUUUACAGAAAUGCAUAGAUUGGGGGAAGUAUGUGUAAACAAUGAAUAUAUUAUUGAAAAUAACAUGCAAAAUGCACUAUAUUAUGAGAAAUGGCUUGCCGAAAUGUGUACGUUAAGUCAGACCUGCCUAUAAGAAUGUGCUUAGUAGGAAAAAUUUGCACUGAAAUGCUGGGGAAUUUUCAUGUGGACUUUAAAAAAGAAUUGCAAAUUGCUGCAGAAGUGGGGGGAGCUGAAUUUAAGGUUGGAAAAAUGAGAGCCUGAGAGAACCCAAAUUAACAGAUACUUUCAUCCCUAUGAUCUUCCUCAACCUGGUGCCCCACAGAUGUUGCUGGACUCCAUCAUCACUGACCAUUGGGCCAUGCUGGGAGUGGAGUCCCCCCGAUAAUCUGGAGGGCACCAGGUUGGCAAAGGAUUCCUUAGCCGCCACUUGGCUGUGACUGGUGGCUCCAUGUCAGUGGGGCAGUGGAAUCUGCUCCAGGUUUUAGUUUGAAUGUUCAAGGA